CUCCGGCUUACGGGGUGAUCAUUGAUUGUACCUCAUCUUCUUUCAAAUUUGUCUGUCCAAAAGAUUUGGCGCAUGAGAAAUUUAAUAUUAGACAUUAUCAUACCUGUAUCCUACUCUUUUGCAUACAUUGGCAUAUUGUGCCACUAUUCACAGUCAAUAGUCUUUCUUUUCUGGCUCUCUAACUUAUAUCUGCCCUGUCUUUAUACAAUACAGGCAUUAUGGCACCAAGUCAGUUGGCAUCAGACACCGGCUCCGAGAGUGGAGGGGAGUGGCCAUCUUCACUCCCAUCGUCGCCUGAGCCAUCAUUUCCAGCAACGCCAGCGUCAUGCAGUCCACGGCUGAAUGCUAAGCCACAAGUAAUUCAACGAGUGUGUGAGGCUCCGUUGGAUUCUCCUGCCUCCUGCCACGAUGUUGCUCCACUCCCUCCCAUCCCUAGUACCGAGCCCUUACAGCCACUGUCCACCGACUCUCAGACUCCAGACCAUUGGAUUGCACGAGACAGCCGCAUGAUUCGACUUACGGGAAAGCAUCCGUGCAACGUAGAGGCUCCCUUAUCCGCGUUGUUCAACGCCGGGUUUCUUACUCCCCAAAACCUCUUCUAUGUUCGCAGCCAUGGAGAUACACCACGUAUCAGUGUCAAACAAGCGCAGGAAUGGAAACUGCGGAUCCAUGGGCUUGUUGAGAGAGAGAUUGAGUUCUCGAUUCAAGAGCUCAAAGAUAAAUUCCAAGUUGUCACGCUGCCGGUAACUCUUGUUUGCGCCGGUAACCGUCGAAAGGAGCAGAAUAUGGUUCUCAAGGGACUUGGAUUUAAUUGGGGUGCGGCGGGUGUAUCUACCGGUCUCUUUACAGGUGUCUAUCUGGCCGAUAUUCUGGAUUAUUGCAAGCCACGGAACCCCCUUCUCUCUUCUUACCUCCCCUGCGAUCAACAUAUUCCUGGACGUGCGCGUCAUGUUAUCUUUGAAGGCGCCGACGAGCUUCCCAAGGGGAAAUAUGGUACAUCACAGAGGCUCAGCUGGGCAUUAGAUCGUAGCAAGGGUAUGCUCAUAUGUUGGGGCCUCAAUGGCGAAGACCUUUCCCCUGAUCAUGGCUAUCCUCUUAGAUUAGUUGUGCCCGGCCAGAUUGGUGGGCGAAUGGUGAAAUGGCUCCAACGAAUCGAGAUCUCUGACCGCGAGAGUCAGCAUCACUUGCACUUUUUUGAUAACAAGCUUCUCCCCACUACGGUGACGGCCGACCAGGCGAGGAAAGAAGACAAAUGGUGGUACGACCCCAAAUACAUCAUUAAUGAACUCAAUGUCAAUGCAGCAAUUUGUUUACCGUCCCACAACGACACAAUUCAGCUAGCAUCUGAUACCUCUACGAUGCAAGUUCUAGCCGUAGAGGGAUAUGCGUACACUGGAGGCGGGCGACGUAUUACCCGCGUCGAGGUCACACUUGACGAUGGAGAAACUUGGAGGCUCUGUGAUAUAAGAUACCCAGAGGAUCUCUACCGCAUGUAUCCUGUUGGAAAACACCCUUACUAUGGCAACAUUGAUUUGACCAUGACCGACAUGAGUUUUUCUUGGUGUUUUUGGAAGAUUGAAGUUGAUGUCAAGUCACUACUAUUAAAUCGGAAUGCCGGAUUUAUUGCCGUACGCGCAAUGGAUGAAGCCCUGAGCAUCAUGCCGCGGGACAUGUAUUGGAAUGCCACCUCAAUGAUGAAUUCCUGGUGGUUUCGCGUUGCCAUGUACAAGGAGAAUAAUGGCCAUAGUAUUCGAUUCGAACAUCCAACUGUACCAGGUAAUUCCAACGGUGGUUGGAUGCAGCGUAUGAAUGAAGCUGGAGUAAAUCCGAGGUAUCCUCGCCUUACCGAGGAUAAUUUAUACACGGGCCCCUCUUCGAGUUCCAUCGCAGCGACUACAGCUUUAUCCCAAGGAAGUCGAAUUGAUGAAGCUGCCAACAGCAUAAUGAUCAACCCAGAUAGGAUAACAACAAUCGUUACGACAUCUCAGCUCGCAGAGCACGCUGACGGAGAGGGCCCGUCUCCUUGGUUCGUCGUCGACGGACAUGUAUAUGAUGGGACGGGUUUUCUGGCGUCUCACCCUGGUGGAGAACAAUCCAUUCGUCUAGUCGCUGGCGAGGAUGCCACUGAAGAUUUCAUGGCCAUUCACUCCAUGGAUGCCAAGAAAUUGUUGAAAGAUUACCAUAUUGGAAAGCUUGAACAACCUUUAUCGCCGUCAACAGGUCCACUUUUAAAAUCCGAUAACCAAUAUGACCCAUCUAAGGCGUUUCUUGAUCCAAAAAUAUGGAAGAAAGUUCGCCUGGUGCACAAGCGAGAGAUCUCUCAUGAUUCGCGAAUCUUUCGGUUCGCCCUGCCUCAUGAAGAUCAACUUCUCGGUUUACCAGCGGGUCAGCACAUUUACCUGCGCGUAAAGAAAGUUGACAAAGCAAGCGGUAAAGUCGAGAUUGUGCAGCGAGCUUACACUCCGUAUAGCUCCAGUACCCAGCGCGGCUACAUCGAGCUUCUGAUCAAAAUUUAUUUCCCGUCCAAAAACUUAAUACAAAGUGAUACCGAAUUUGUUGGAGGCCAAAUGACCAUGUUGCUCGAAAACAUGGCAAUUGAAGCAGAUACGGAUGCGCCAAUGGUAGAAUUGAAGGGCCCAAUUGGCCACUUUACAUAUCUUGGCAAUGGGCAAGUACAGUGCAAGCCUAACAGUCGUAUUCGCGUGGUUAAAAGAUUGGCCAUGAUUGCUGGUGGCAGUGGAAUUACCCCAAUAUGGUCCACUCUCAAAGCUAUUGCAGACGAAUAUUCGGCUUCUCCAACUUCAGCCCAUCAAAACCCAGUCGAAGUCUGGCUCAUCUAUGGUAAUCGAGAGGAGAAAGACAUACUUAUUCGUGAGGAGCUUGACCAUCUUUCACGCCAUAUGGAAGGAAACUUGCAUAUAUGGCAUGUCCUGAGUUCUAACGAACCAAAUGCGGACUGGACACUUGGAAGAGGACAUAUUGACUUAGAGUGCCUCCAACACCACCUUCCGUCAGCGCCUUCCCCUAUGACUGGUACGGACCACGAGGAUACAUUGGCGUUAGUUUGUGGCCCCCCAGCUAUGGAAUCGGCUGUCUCUGCAGGAUUGCAAAAGCUUGGGUGGAAUGUUGAGAAAAAUAUUAUAUUCUUUUAGUAUAUGUAUAACAUUAAUAGCAAUAUCAUUCAACAUUUGCCUUCGUUAUAUUCGGCAGUCUGUUUGCUAAGUCUGUUGGCUACAUCCACAUUAAUCCUAUGCCUAAACGAACUAUAAG